UUCAGCAGGUCUGUACAACCUGACAGUCCAGUGGUGACAUGCUGUUCGCUGAAAAGAAAAAAACUCAAUUUGCACAUUUUCUCCUUCUCUUUGCUCCCAGGACCCUGAAAAUGGGGGACAAUUCGACAGGAAUAGUGGAUGGCAGCAAAUGGUCAGAAAUUCUCUCAUUCGGGCCUCUCAUCACAGAGGUGCUGGUGGGCAUCUUCUUAUACAUCAACGGCCUCAUGAUCUUCACCUUCUUCAUGAAGGAGGCCUUUCGCACUGAUACCCGCUAUAUCCUUUUUGCCCACAUGCUCUUUGUGGAUUCCUCGGUGAUGGUGACGACAAACCUGGCUGUGCUGUUUAUGCACUAUGGUGUGGUGAUCCCCUUUGAGGUCUGUAUAGUGCUCAACCUGAUGAUGACCUGGUUGGAUUUCUGCACGCCUCUGACCUUGGUGGCCAUGUGCCUGGAGCGCUAUGUGGCUGUGUGUAAGCCCCUAAGGCACGCUGCCAUCUCCACGCCGAGGAUUAGAGUGGUGGGCCUGCUCCUCAUUUGGGGGCUGGGCUGUGUACCUGCCCUCGUCAUCAUCUUUUCUUGCACAGCCUCAGUCUCAGUUAAGCAGCUCAGCAUGAGAGUCUUGUGCUCCAUGGAUGCACUGAUUGUGAUUGAGUGGCAGAAGUACCUCCAAAUUGCUGUGUUCAAAUUCUAUUUCUUGCUCAUGUCCAUGGUCAUCGCCUUCACAUACGUCAAGGUGGCUGCAGCUGCCCGGUCUGCCUCUGGUGACAACAGCAAGUCAAGCGCCAAAGGAAACACCAGUGAGAUGAGCUCCUGCUAAAGCUUUUCGAACAACAACAACAACAACUCCG